CUAAAUAUGUGAUAUUAUCAUGUUAUCACUGCUAAAAUGGUACAGUGUGACGCACUUAAAUCUCAUAUCUCACUGACAGGUGAAUGCUUGCGAAUGUGGCAAAUUUGGGAUUUUCAUCAGGGUGCGUUGCAAAGCUGUUCCCAGGCAGUUUUUACUUAAACUGUUUUUCUUGUCGCCAAGGAAUUUUUGAUGUUCAAGAUUCGCCACGUUUGCAAGUAUUCGUCCCUCAGUAAGAUAUCCGUUUUUGGAAUCCAGCUUGACUUGUAUAGCGGCUCUAGGGCGCCUCGUGGUGUGGAAUGGCCCUGAGAUGACCAGGUGGGAUAUAUUCCAUCCACCGAAUGCCUUAAGCAGAUUUAUUUUCGUGGCUCAAAUGUAGUGUAGGGCAUCAAGAUGCUUGAUGAGGUUGCAUCCAUUUGUCCAUGUCACAGUAGUGGAAUAUGAUUGACAGUAUCAGUUUAGACUCAAUCAACAGAACAUGAUCUAUUAAGUAUUCUGCCCUCCUCAAGUAUUUAUACUUGCAUGCAUCCAUCCAUUUUCUUUAUAGCUUCACCUCGUUGCGGUUGUGGGUGACCUGGACACUAUCCCAGUUGACUUUGGGUCAAGACAGCAGCGUACACACUGGACUGGUCGAUCACAGAGCACGCUUUGCGUACGUAUUAUUUGUAUACACACUGACAGGCCAGAACGUGACGUAUACGCGCACAAUGUAACGUGAUCCCUGACGAAGCAAACUGGUCAUUGGUCAAAAUGUGAGUCAGAGCUGUGAGUGACUUCACAUUCCUGUCAACACUAUUUUGCGGUUUCAACUGUCUCAACAAUCGAUACCCUUGCCAACCGCGAUGAAGCCCAUGAUGAACUUGUCAGUGUGUCACCCUACUGUUGACAUCAUUGCUAGAAAACAUGCGUGACGUGCCCGGCCGCUGCACGUCUCCGUGCGCGCGCCCUCCCCCGCCGACUGCCCAAAACAAAGCUCCCCCACACUCCUUAGCCAACCAGCAGGCGGCGCGCGCCCGUCGUCUGGGUGACGUCAUGCACUAACAGCUGGUCGAUGAGCCAGGGAGAGAAAGGGAGGGAGGAGAGGAGAGGAGAGGGGGGAGGAGGAUGUAAAAAUGUAAAGCGGCAACAGCGAGCUGCACCGCGGCUCGAGCCCACGGCUACGAACACUCGGAAGCAUGUGGAGGGUGGACUGCUGCCCCGUCACGAGGAUGCUGCCCUUCAUCGUUUACACUUUCCUCUGCGUUCCUGUGGAUUGCCUUUUUGUGACUGAAUACUUCACCCGAACGCCUCGUAAGCUCAGUGCUUUCAACUCCUUCGCCAGUGUGGAACUGUUCCACUUCAAUGUGCCUGACGACACCAUAAUGGCCGUAUGGAACCUCAUUACCUUCAAGGAACAAGGCGGUACCUUCGGAGACAGCUGCCCCAAUCGCAAUGUCACUGUGUACUUCAGGUCCGGCGCUCCUCCGGUAAUCAACCCCCUGAACACUCACUUCCCUCGGGAUACGGUCGUCCCAGGAUCUUUCGCGGUGACUCUGACCUGGACGCUCCCGAACCGAACAACGGGGGCGUUCAACGUGACCAGCCCGCUCCCGGGGGACUGGUUCCUGGCUGCGCAUUUACCCAAGGAUGAAGGCAAGAUCUCAGUCAAGGGUUUGUCUGAGGAGUGCCAGUAUCUGUUCCAACCUCAGCUCAUUGUCCAGAGGCUUGUUGGGAUCGCGGUGCUGUAUCCGGGAUACUUCAUUGACCAGAUGAUUCCUGCUCACAACAGAUCUGCUCUUUACAAAGUGUUUGUUCCCAAUUACAUAUCAAAGGUGAAAGUUCAGCUGUUGAACUGCGGCGUGAAGAACAAGAGUGGCGACACUUGUCCCGUGGUGUUGAAGAUAAGAGCGCGGGCGCCCCCGGUGCACAACUCGAGUGCCCUCGACUGCCGCGAGUGGAGCCCCUGUGAGCUGGAUGCCUCGGUGCCUGCCUGGGAGCAAUGGUACUACAUCCUGGUGGAGAGAUACCUCACUAACGCCAACGUCUACUUCCGCAUCGGCGUGCAGGUUACGGACUGCACCAAGUCCAAUGCAUCCAAGGAGCAGUCCCCCGCCAGCUCGUCCAUGAACAUGCCGCAGUCGUUCGGCACGGCGAUGGCACUCUCCCUGUCCGACAGCCUUUCGGCGGUGCCGCCGGCAGGCCCGUGGUACAACGCCACUCAGCCACAAGCGUCCGGGGACAGCGUCAUCUACUUGGCUCCUCCCACCGCCAGCAACCAGUGCUGGCCCAUCCGUCCGACGCUUCGCAACGAGCUGGAUACGUUCUCGGUGCACUUCUACGUCUUCUUUGGUCCAAAUAUUUCCAUUCCGCCGGACAGGGCGGCCGUGUUCGCUAUCAACCUCAUGCCAGUCUUAGACAGCGGCGGCGUUCUCAACAUGGAGCUCAAGCUCAACAUGUCGACGCUUAAAGACAGGAAUGUCACCGUGCAAGGCUGCCUGACUCACGGGAUGCCGCUCUUCCUUUGGCAAAGCUCAUUGUCGAAAUGUGACUCAGAAUCCGUCGCCGGGUUUUUCCUCUCAGUGAACACCUCCACCAAUAUCACCAAGCUCAGGAUUCCAUACCCUCAGACAGGCACGUGGUACCUCAGUCUGCGCUCUCUAUGCGCCGCACAACACGGUUUUGAGGUGUGCUCCAACAUCACUGCAGAGGUGUACAUGCGCGCCUACCUGACGCCGUGCAUCAACGACUGCGGCACGUACGGACAGUGCAAGCUGCUUCGCACCAACAACUACCUUUAUGCCGCGUGUGAAUGCAAAGCAGGCUGGGAAGGCUGGGGAUGCACAGACAAUUCCGAGGCCUACUCGUACAGCUUCCAGCUCCUCUCCACCCUGCUGCUGUGUCUCAGUAACCUCAUGUUCGUCCCGCCGGUGGUCAUCGCCGUGCGCAGCCACUACCUGCUGGAGGCCUCGGUCUACAUCUUCACCAUGUUCUUCUCCACCUUCUACCAUGCGUGUGACCAGCCGGGCAUCGUGGUCUUUUGCAUCAUGGAGUAUGACGUUCUGCAGUUCUGCGAUUUCCUGGGCUCCCUCAUGUCAGUGUGGGUCACGGUCAUCGCCAUGGCGAGGCUGAAGUCCAUCAUUAAACAGGUGCUGUAUUUGCUGGGGGCCAUGUCCCUGUCCAUGGCUUUGCAGUUGGACCGUCACGGUUUGUGGAACCUGCUGGGACCCAGCUUGUUUGCUCUGGGCAUCAUGGCAGUGGCAUGGACGGUGCGCACCGUUCGCCGGCGGCGAUGUUACCCGCCCACCUGGAAGCGCUGGGUGUUCUUCCUCUUCCCGGGCACGGCCAUCGCCACGUCGGCCGUGGCCCUUUACGCCUUCGUGGAGACGGAGGAGAACUACUUCUACAUCCACAGCAUCUGGCACAUGCUGAUUGCCGGCAGCGUGGGCUUCCUGCUGCCGCCCCGCGCCAAACCCGACGCCAAGGUGACGCCGCUGAAGCGCCGGCGAGGCUGCGGCUAUCAGCUGUGCGUCAACGAGCACGAGGAACUGGGCUUGGUGGACCCGGCCAUCAUUUCCAUAAACAGCAUCUGCACCAGCUGAUGAACUCCCGCACUGGCGCCUCCCUCCUCCUCCUCCUUCUACCUUAGUGACACUUCAUUGCCUUCUUUGACUUGGGACGUUCACACACGGGAAAUAAGCCACAGAACUUGAAGAACAGAUGUAAAUACUUUUAUGCAGAUACCGACCCAUGGUCAUCUUCUUGUCGUCAUGGUUACCGUUGUUGGCCCGCCCCCCCCGUGAAGCGACGCGACACCACACGGUUCGGUUGCUACACUGUCCCAACGUUUCUCGCUAAUUGAUCCAUGUCAAGUCCGUUUGAUUUGUAUCGCGCCACUUCACAACAGAAGUUAUCUCGAGGCACUUUACAGAUUGAGCGAGUCAAGAACCACACUCCAGACAUCAUACAGCGGAACCUGAAUUUACCAGACCCUGAACCAAUUCAGCGGGCAAAAAGUAGCUAUCAAAGGCUGACAGUUCCGGAAUUGGUUGCAUUAGCAUUACACGUGUUUCUUGCUAGCACUGCUCUCUCAUCCGAGGUAUAAGAGACGUUACGGUAGACCAGAGCAGCC